AUGUCGGCCAGAAUCUCUCAAUCUUCCCAUUUUGGCAGGGAGAAUGAGAGUCUGUAUGCCGCCAUUGGGCGCCCCAAAGAUCAAGUAGAUCUUGAAAGAAAUAGAAAUGCACUUUUAUGCUGGAUGGCAGAAAACUGGGAGCUUAUUGAACCGAGGAUUGGAGAUAUAUUCCUGUUGCUUGAUAAGAGUAACGACGAAUAUUCAGCUAACAACCAGGAUGAUGAAAUCGAAUAUGAUUCAUCCCCAGAAAUUAAAGAUGAGGAGCCAUCUCCUAUAGAAACUAAGAAGGUAAUAAUUCCUCGUAUAGAUGAAUUUAUUUAUUCAGUGGGUCCUACAGCAGGUUUUAUUUUAGCAGAUCUUUUGAAUCCGGAUCCUUCAGAUAUUUUACAACUUCUUAAUUUUCAUUAA